AUGGCAUAUCGAGAUGAUCGGGCUGAAGAGCCCUUCCACCCUUAUGAACCCUAUCAUCCCUCUGGCUCUGCAGCCAUAUCGCAAAGAGCCGCGACCAACGAAGCGCAUUUGAGCCAUCGCGUCUCUGCCAUGUCACUUUAUCCCGACGAUAACCCCUACGAUCCUGCGAUACACCCUCCACUACACGGUCGCGAAUCUAUGGUCUCACUCGCCUCUCAUGCCGGUCAUCAAAGUCCUCCUCAAGCAGAGUAUGAUGGAACUUCAUAUGCAGCUGGUUCUGGAUGGUCCGCAUCGUUUGGUUACAAUGGAGCUGGAGGAUCUUACGCGCCUGUAUCGGGAGCUGGACCACCUCCUUCUCGGCUCCCAUCCAGAUCGAAGCGCUUAUCUGCCUAUGGUUCCUCACUUGGACGCACAAUUCCCGAGGAGGAGGAUGAUAAUGAGGCAUACGACCUGUCAUUGCUCGGAGGCGCAGCUUCUAUGGGCUACUCCAGCAGUUAUAACCGGAUAAAAGAGGAGGAUGAGGAUGCCGACGUCUCCCCUGGCUUUGACGUGAGUGCUGCGUUGGGACCUAUGACCUCGCACGAUGAGGAUUUCAUAAAGAAGUUACAAGCACAGGAAGCCAGUGGGAAGUUGACUGGCGGAUUGGGUCAAGGCUUUCAUGCGGAUGUCAAGAUGAAGGACGACGAGCUUCUGUCGGUAACACCCGUACCGGUCCAGCGCAGUCUAUCGCGAUCCUUCUCUCGGCGCAAUCAACCUGCGCGCCUGGGCCGAUUUGAGACAAUUCGACAGAGAGGACAAGACGAAGCCAAUAGAAAAGGAGAGGUAAUUGAAGUAAUAAUGGAAGAAGGACCAGGCGCAGACUUGAGCAGUAUCGAGGGCCUCAGCACCGUCGGAUCCAACGACUUUCGCCGAUCGACUUUCCCAGUUAAGGAGGGAACGACAGAGAUAUUUUACCCCCAGCCGAACUGGAAACCUCCUACAAUGCGAUGGCCGUACUUGACGCUGUUGAUCAUCAUAUCUGCUGUUUUGGCUAUUGUGCAAGAAUACUUGUUUCAAAGAUUUCACAAAGUGCCUAUUAUCAAGUUCGAGGAACCCAAGGAUAUAGACGCGUGGCUUUACUUUGCUGUCAAGUUUCUGCCAACAGUUGUUGCUGUCACUUUCGGUGUCUUUUGGCAGUUUACCGACUUCGAAGUACGACGUUUGGAAGCCUUCUAUCAACUAUCCAGGCAACAGGGCGCAUUGGCUUCCAAGUCGAUCAACGCUGACUAUGUCACGAGCUUCAGCUUCUGGCGACCUUUUCGUGCGAUCAAGCUGGGCCAUUAUGCGGUGGCUCUGUCGUCGUUCGCUUCUAUUAUGGCUGUCUCAUUGGUGCCUACAUGCGCAGCUGCGUCUAUCAUACUAACACCUAGUCGCGCGGAGCGUAUGGAAAGCCCCGAAGACGAGAAGAGAAUCUAUGUGGCAGCGAUGUGGUCGCGACUGUUGACUGUGGUCUUGUCCUUGUGUGCGCUGAUGGGUAGUGGCCUUCUGUACGUGCUGCAGACUCGACGAUCUGGAUUGCUUGCCGAUGUGAGAGGCAUUGCUGGUCUUGCAAGUAUGGCUGUCGUAAGCCACGUCUUGAUGGAUUUCAAGGAUAUGGAUACCGCCAAACCCAAGGAUAUUCACCAGAAGUUGAAGCGCCGACGAUAUAUGCUUAGGAACUCCUCUCUUGCACCUUACGAAGGCACAAGUGCGAAAAUCGAAACAGAUAGCGAACAGGACGAUGCAGCACAUUUGUCAGAGCACCCGCAUCCCCUGAUGUUGCGGCCGAUGGGAUGCAUUCCUUUUAUAGUUGGACUGCUGCUUUUCGCAGGCUUGAUCCCGACCAUCCUCUUCUCACCCGCUCAGGUCAUCACAGACAAGGCUGCCUGGGUUGUCACAGCUUUAGCCGUCAUUCUCAAGCUGUGUUGGGGAGCCAUGGAGACAUCAGUUCGUAUGAUGGAACCUUACUACAUCCUUUCCAAACGACAUGCGCAUUCCAAGACGCUUACCCUCGAUUACACAGCGUUACCUUUUGCCUACAUGCCUUUAAGAGCGCUUUUGAAUGGGCACUUUGUAGUGUUCUUGGUUGGGUUCGGCUCUGUCAUGGCCGAAUUUCUUACAAUUCUCGUGACCAGUCUUGCUACUGUGGACGGGCAAGACUUCAUUGUGGGCUAUGGCCUGCACCUUGGCAAAGGCGAAUGGAAAGAGAAGGAUGACAAGAAGAACCUGUUCAACUCCGGACAAGAGACGGUGCGUUCGUUUUACAUCACCCUCGGCGCCACGCUGUUUAUACUUUUAUACAUGUUCGUCGUCGCGAACAUUGUUUUCUUCCGACGACGGCAUCCUUUCCUGCCGCGACAGCCCAACACAAUUGCGUCGAUUUUGGCAUUUAUUCACCAAAGCAAGAUGCUGUACAACUUUGUGGGCACCGCUAAGCUCAGCAAUAAUGAUAUGGCGAAGAAACUGGACGACGGGAAGACGUAUGGACUGGGUUGGUUUACAGGAAGAGAUGGACAAACGCAUUGCGGAGUGGAUCAAGAGGAACUGACGAGUUCAUACAAGCAUGGAGUCGAUUAUACGACAAUGAAUAACCCGUGGAACGCGCAAUGGGACGUGCUGUAG